AUGACCAUACCCAAGAGAAACAUUGAGGAAAGGGUUAAAACAGCCAUCGAAGCCAAGAUGCCGGAGCCGAGCAAGAAGAAACCUAACGGAAUCAUCGGUUACAUAGAUCACGUUGCAGUCGCCAAGGAUUGGCGUAGAAGAGGAAUUGCGAGAGCGCUCCUAUCGAAGACUUUCAUACAAAUCGGUAUAACUUCGCCGAACGUGGUCGCCAUGUAUCUGUGGACGUUUUCAUUCAAUGUGGAGGCGGUUGGACUCUAUGAGACCUCCAAGUUCGUUAAAAUCUUGAGUAAGCUCAUUCAGCGCUCGCGAGCUAUGGGGUGUUCUGAACACCGUGUUCAAUAUAUGGGCCCGGUUGAACGCGCUCCUAGGAUGUUUCCCCCGGAAUUUUGUUCAAUCAGCCCAGGACCUGGUGAGCAAGGCAUGAUCUACUUCGCCCGAUACGACAUGACCUAG